CUGGUCCGAACCUUGGGUCUUGAUCCUGUCCUGCUUACCUUGAAAAUUUUGGCAGUGCUUCGAUCUCUCUCUCCCUCCUCGCUUGCCGUUUUCGUUAAUUCUUCGAUUCGAAAAACCCUAACGCGUUUACCAGAUAUUGGGGUUGCAGAAGAAUCCAUUUCGGUUGUGCGAGUCGACUUGACGGAAGUCGUCCCCGUUCCGACAGGUAGAGAGAGAUGGGGGAAGAGAAGAGACACCAAAUGAUGCAGAAUCUUUUCGGAGAUCAGUCCGAGGAAGAGGAAGAGAUCGAUUCCGAGCAUGAAUCUAACCCUCAGCCAAUCUACGCAUCUGAUGAGGCCGAGGGAGGGUUGGAGCCUGAAGGAGAAGGUGAAGUUGAUGUAGAAGGUCAUGGAGAAGCGGAACCGGAAACUGAUGGAGAACCGGGCGAUGUAGAACCUGAUCCCGGAGAAAGUGAGGGUGAGAGGGAGCAAAGUUGGCAGGAGGGCGAUGUUGGUAAUCAACGGGAGGAAAGCGAAGCAAGAGAUGCUGACAGUGAAAAUAAAGAAGAAUAUGAGGAGAGAGUAGCUACAAGCAGGAGACAAAAUGUUGUUGAGAGUGGAUCGGAGAGGUCUGAUGGAAAGCAUUAUGAGUAUGAUGAUGAAGAGGUUGAUCAGACUAGGAGUCCAAGGUCGCCUAGUGAAGAGAAGGAUGAGGCUCAUGUUUCACAGUCGGCCGAUGAGAUUCGUCAUGUAUUUGGUGACUCAGAGGAUGAAGAUGCAGAGGAAUACGUUAGGAAUGCCAUCGAGCAGGAUGAACAUAGGUCCCCAAUUGAAGACGAAGUGGGCUAUGAGAAGGAUCUGAGGCCUGAAGAUAUGGUGCCUGAAGAGGAUACUCAGUAUGAGUCAGAGGGUGAACAUGUCGAAGUUAGGUACAGGGAGAGGCCAAUUGGCCCCCCUUUGGAAAUAGAGGUUCCUUUUCGUUCUCCUCCAGGUGAUCCGACAAAGUUGAACAUGAUAAAAGUUUCAAAUAUCAUGGGUAUUGAUCCAAAGCCCUUUGAUCCCAAGACAUUUGUGGAAGAAGACACAUUUGUGACUGAUGAAUCUGGAGCAAAGAAGCGUAUUCGCUUGGAGAACAAUAUUGUCCGCUAUAAGGCUGUUAAGAAUCGAGAUGGCAAAACUUAUUAUGAAAGUAAUGCUAGGUUCGUGAGAUGGUCAGAUGGAAGCUUACAGCUAUUAAUAGGAAAUGAAGUUCUUGACAUAUCUGUACAAGAUGCACAGCAGGACCAGAAUCACCUUUUUAUUAAACACGGGAAGGGGAUUCUGCAAUCGCAAGGAAGGGUUUUGAAGAAAAUGAGGUUUAUCCCAUCUUCUCUAUCAUCGAAUUCCCACAGGCUUUUGACUGCUCUUGUGGACUCGAGGCACAAGAAGGUCUACAAAGUUAAGAACUGCAUCACUGACAUUGACCCUGAGAGGGAAAAGGAAAAGAGAGAAAAGGUGGAAAGCCAAAAUAUCAAGGCUAAUAUGAAGCUGAGUCAAGCAAGGGAGAAAAUCAAGCGCAAGUAUCCACCACCUGCUGAAAGGAGGCAACUUUCCACUGGGUACUUAGAGGGUGCUCUUGAUGAGGAUGAAGAGACAGACCACUAUGGUUCCCACCGCUCUAACCGUAGCUUUGAGGAGGAUCUUGAAGCGGAAGCACAGAGAGAGCGACGCAUUAUGAACGCUAAGAAGUACCAGAGCCAUAGAGAUAUUCCACGGAGGCCAUCUUCUGCCAAACCUUCCAGGCGUCCGGUGGAAUUCUCGGAGAGUGAGAGAGAGGAAUCGGAGUACGAGACGGAAGGAGAGGAUGAGGAAAGGUCUCCACCGCGCAAAAGGAUCGAGGAACCAGAAGACGAGUACGAGGAAGAAGCGGAGGAAGAUGAGGAAGAAGAGCAAGAAGAAGAUGCCAAGGCUAACAGAUACUCGGAGGAAGAAGAAGAGCCCGAGGUACGGAAAAUAAUAAGAGAAGAGGAUGCGAAGGGACGGAAACGCAAAGGAAUCGAGUCGGACGAGGAAUCUCCCCCGAGAAAAGCUCCAACACAUCGUCGCAUGGCCAUUGUUUACGACAGUGACGAGGAUUAAAAGCUCUAUCUUUGCAGUUCCUUAUUGUUCUUACGUAUCAAUUUAUGGUCUGAAGGAGACUCGAAUCUGUUGAGUGUUUUGGAACACAAUUAACUCAGGUUUUCGAUUCUCAUGCCGAUUUGACUCAUAAUAUUCUCCUUGGUUUUGAAUUAUCAAAUCUUGUAGAUUACUUUGUACUAA